AGUUUCCGAGACUCCAUAUGAGCCCAAUACUCCUGUCCCGUCGUCAUCGUGUUUUCUGCAGACUUUACUUUUUAGCUUUUGUAGGUCUUUAGCUUUUGGAUAACUUCAGUUUAAGUUAAUUUAAGGUCUUCAUUUACUUGUGGGAAAAAAAAACCUUAUACCGGCGUUCAGACUCAGCUGGUCUGCGAGAAAGGUAUUUCAAAGAGGAACACUGGCUUUUUGAUACAGGGAAAACAGAGGACUUGGCCGACAGCGACUGCUGGGUCCUAGAAGCGGCACGUCACUGUGAUGGAGACCGUCCGCUCGCUGGCGCUGCUGUGCGCACUGUGCUGCGCAUGGAUGCGAUGCGGGCUGGCCUCUCGGAUGAAGCCCCCUGCGCUGCCCAUCCAGUCGGAGAAGGAGGCUCCCCCGUCCAAAGGAGCGUCAGGCUGCUCAUUCGGAGGAAGGUUUUACUCAUUGGAAGAUUCAUGGCAUCCAGACCUGGGGGAGCCUUUCGGAGUCAUGCACUGUGUCCAGUGCUACUGCGAGCUGCAAAGAAACCGUCGUGGAAAAGUAUAUGGGAAAGUGAGCUGUAAAAACAUCAAGCAAGACUGCCCUGAACCUAGCUGUGAAGAUCCCAUUCUUCUGCCAGGGAGAUGCUGCAAGAUCUGCCCCAAAGGAGAAGAGGAGAAGAAGCAGGUAGAGUCUGUGUUCGAUGGACUGGAGUAUUUACAGGAGAAGGACGACGACUUACACAAGUCCUAUAAUGACCGCUCGUACCUCAGCUCUGAGGACGUGCGGCCUGGGGAGAGUCGAACAGACUUUGUGGCGCUGUUGACGGGAGUGAUGGAUACCUGGCGGCCCAGUUCUAGUGGUGUGGGCCGGGCCCGUUUGUCCUUGUCGCGAAACAACCUAGUCUUCUCGAUCACCUUCAAAAGAAUGGCACGACCCAGUCGAGUUCUAUUCCAGGACAUUGAUGGCAACACCGUGUUCCAGUUCAGGGUGCCAAGGCCAGAUUCGACACAGUCCAAUAUGGUAUGUGGAGUCUGGAAGAACCUCUCCAAGUCUCAGGUACGUCUGCUGCAGGCAGAGCUUUUGCGGAUCACCAUGGCGACCGGAGGCAGCCGGCAGGACGAGAUCCGGGGCAAAGUCAUCAAACACCGGGCACUGUUUGCAGAAACCUUCAGCUCCAUGUUAACAUCUGAAGAAGAACAUUCUGGUAUGGGGGGAAUUGCCAUGCUGACCCUCAGCGACACAGAGAACAACCUCCACUUCAUUCUUUUGUUCCAGGGGCUCCUGGAAAACCAUGAAACAGAGCACCCUCUAGUGCCCAUCCGGGUGCAACUGCAGUACCGCCACCAUGUGUUGAGGGAGAUCCGCGCCAACGUGACCGCCUAUGACCCGGACUUCGCGGAAGUCCUGGCGGAUCUCAACAGCCGCGAGCUCUUCUGGUUGUCCCGCGGACAGCUGGAGAUCGCCGUGGAGACCGAGGGCCGCAGCCCACGCCGCAUCUCGGGAUUCAUCACCGGCAGGAAGUCAUGUGACACGAUCCAGAGUGUCAUGUCCAGCGGUCACGCCCUGACUCCCGGCAAGACCGGCAGCGUGGGCUCCGCUGUCUUCUUUCUCCACGACAACGGGUCCCUGGAUUACCACGUGCAGGUGGUGGGCGUGUCCAGCCAGGUGGUGGGUGUGACCAUCGAGAUGAAACCUCGGCGGCGGAACAAGCGCAGCGUGCUGUAUGACCUGAGCGGCGACUAUGCGGGGGGGCGCGCACACGGCAGCUGGAGUCGCAUGGAGGCGCGACACAUCCAUAUGCUGCUGCAGAAUGAGCUGUUCAUCAAUGUCGCUACCGCACACCACCAGGAGGGGGAGCUCCGGGGGCAGAUCCGCACCCUGCUGUACAGUGGCCUUGACACGCCCCGCCACGAGCUCCCUGUUCCGCUGGCGGGACAGUUUGUGUCACCCCCUGUGAGCACCAGUGCUGGGGGCCAUGCCUGGGUGUCUGUGGAUGACAGGUGUCACCUGCACUAUGAGAUCGUGGUGGCUGGACUCAGCAAAAGUGACGACGACUCUGUCAACGCCCACCUUCAUGGAUUGGCCGAGAUUGGUGAGCUGCAGAGCAGCAGCCCCGCCCACAAGCGACUGCUCAUGGGGUUCUAUGGCUCUCAGGCCCAGGGCAUCUUGAAGGACCUGAGCCAUGAACUUCUUCAGCACCUGGACGAAGGAACUGCCUUCAUACAAGUCAGCACCAAGAUGAACCCUCGAGGAGAGAUCCGGGGGCGGGUCCACGUGCCCAACAGCUGCCAGUACGGGAGCAGGGCAGAGACGGAUGAGGCGGAAUUCGACGACCUGCUGUUUGUGCAGGACCCUGAGGAGCUGAAGAAGGAGCCUCACACCUGCUUCUUCGAGGGCGAGUAUCACGCCCACGGCUCACACUGGACGCCCCAUUACAACAACUGCUUCAGCUGCAGCUGUCAGAAAAAGACGGUGAUCUGUGACCCCAUCCUGUGCCCGGUUCUGACCUGUCCGCGCACCAUCCAGCCCGACGACAAGUGCUGCCCCAUCUGUGACGUACAAAGCAGGGAGGUAGUGCCCCCAGAGGUCCCGGAGAGAGCCGACGAGCAUCCAGAAGGCUGCUACUUUGAAGGUGACCAGAAGAUGCACGCCCCUGGUACCACUUGGCACCCAUUCGUCCCCCCAUUUGGGUACAUCAAAUGUGCCGUGUGCACCUGCAAGGGCUCUACAGGAGAGGUGCACUGUGAGAAGGUGACCUGCCCCCCCCUCCCUUGCAGCCAGCCCGUGCGCCGCAGCCUCUCUGAUUGCUGCAAGGUGUGUCCUGACGAGCCACGCCCCCUGGAGCUCCGCUCUGCCCCCGAUCAUGGCGAGCUCAUGCAGGCCGACGGGGCACGCGACUGCAAGUUUGGCAAGAGUUUCUACCAAAACAGCGAACACUGGCACCCAAGGGUCCCCCUGAUGGGUGAGAUGAAGUGCAUCACCUGCUGGUGUGAUCAUGGCGUGACCAAGUGCCAGAGGAAGCAGUGUCCCAUCCUGACCUGCAGCCAAGUCGUCCGCCGGGAGGGGCACUGCUGCCCUGAGUGCCAAGAUGUGCUCAACAAGGAGGAGGUGGAUCUGAUGAAACUACCAGAGAAGAAGAAGAGCUGGAGACACUGAGGAACAGCGUGGCACCCCCCCACCCCCCC